CAGCGGGAUGCGUAACGAUUCUGCGGCCGCCUGCCAGGAUAAAAAGUAGAGUGCAUAUGGCGCGCCGAAACGUUAUCUCGACUUUCGUACUUGAGCGUCGCUUGCUAACCUCCUCCUCGUUUUUCUGCUCUUCCUCUUGCUCCCUCAUACGCUCAAUCUGUUCGUCGCUUUAUACGGUUCCUUUUCUUUGAGUUCGGUUGCGAGCCACUAGGCAUGAGCCGUAGCCAUGGCCCUCUUGGACACUUUGGACCGCCAAACUAGCUCGCCAAUUGUAUUAUUGCUUGUUUCCACAACUGUCCUAUUUACAACAUACGUUCUCUUGCACACCUACUUCCGCCGAGUUCCUUCCAAUGCCCCUCCUGUCGUGAGUGAGAAUUUCCCGUUGACCGGAGCUAUCGCUUUCUGGACAAGACGGUGGGAUUUCUUUCGAAACGCCCGUGAUCAUGCCGCGGGCGGCAACUUCAGCUUUCAUGCAGGCCCCAAUACUAUCAUUGGCCUGUCAGGAGACAAGGGGCGCCAAUUGUUUUUUGACUCUCGAGACCUCGGAUUCGGUGAAGGUUAUGCUGUGCUGUUUGGCCAGUCGCCUCAACUCAAGGAGCAUGCCCGUGACGACGGAAUCAACCAGCAAGACGAAUAUUCGAAUUACUUCAAUCGACGGUUGACAUAUUUGUUGAAGAAUGAGCAGUUCCGAAAGAAGCUCCCCAUCCUCAAAUCCGACGUCCAGGAGGCCUUAGAUCGAAUACGGAAUGAGCCCAGUGGCAUCACCAACCCUUUCGACAGCAUUUACCGCAUUGUUUUCAGACUUACCAUUCGCAUGGUAGGCGCCGACGAAAUCGCCGACGACUCCAAACUUCUUGAACGAACUCUAAAGCUCUUCGAGAUGAUCGACCAGUCCGCAACCGCAACAGCUGUUAUGUUCCCCAAGUUUCCCUCACCAGCUAUCCUGAAACGCACAUAUGCCGGAGCUCGAUUAUACAUGAUGAUGGAAGACCUCGUUAAGAAGAGGCAGGGUGGCGGAGAAAAGCACGACGAUGCUCUACAAUAUCUACUAGACCAGGGUGACAGGAUGUCUAAGAUCAUCGAGUUUGUCGUAGGUUCGCUUUUUGCGGGUCUCCUCAACAGUGGAAUCAAUGCCGCCUGGGUUCUUUGCUAUCUCGCAACGUCCCCAGAGUGGCUCGUCAAAGCUAGGGAAGAAGUCCAAGCUGUCGCUGUCAAAUAUGCGACAAAUCCAAAAGCUCCUCUACGCCAUCAAUUAGACGACGUGCCGCUAGAGGCCUGGGAAACUGAGUUUCCUAUUGUCGACCUUUGCUUACGAGAUUCGAUUCGGUUGAACUUGCUCGGAACAGCAUUCAGGAAGAACAUCAGUGGCAAGGCGAUUCCGACAGGGAAUGGCCACGAAGUGAUCCCUCCCAACACGUUCGUUACAUAUGCCACCGGAGAUGUCCAUCUCGACCCGACCAUCUAUAAAGACCCGGAGAAGUGGGAUCCGAGCAGGUAUCUACCGGACAGAGCAGAAGACAAAAAGAAAACAUACGGGUUCCUUGGGUGGGGAGUUGGCCGACAUCCGUGCCUCGGUAUGCGCUUCGCUAAGCUCGAGCAAAACAUCAUUACAGCAUAUUUUCUCGCUACUUUCGACUUUGAGCUGCUUGACAAGCACCACAAUAAGCUUUUAGACCCACCCAGAGUUAACCAAAACGGCCAUUCUGCACAAAAGCCAAGAGUACCCCAAUUUCUUCGAACAGUAACGCGAGAGAAGUAAAAUUGUUCAGAUGUUUAUGUUUCAGUAGAUUCGCAAAUAAGAAUAUAGCAGACACCCUAGUUCCGCGGGUUAACGGGCUAACGGCUGGGAUUUGGACCGGGACUCUCUGGAUAAAAUAAUGGAGGGUAUCUAGGUAUUCGGGUGCACUUUUAUUUUCGCUCUCUGCAGUCUUGUUAAGAAUUCUUGGAUUCUAAU